CGGACGCCUAUUUGUUUGGAGUCAGACCGCCACGAUGUUCAGGCAGUGAGUGUCUACACAGCAGAGUUUGUGGAGGGUUUGAGCAUCAGUGCUCAGGUGAUACAAGAAGGACACGUGUUUAUUAAAGACACAAAAUGUCGAGCCAAAAAACUUCAUUGAUGCCAAGCGAUGUGGAGAACCUGCGGAGAAGGUCUGUGGCGGAUUCAGGUGAGGCCAAACUAUCAGCUCUGUAAACUCCACAGAUUAAGUGUAUUUGCACUUUAACGACGUGUUAUAAAAACAUUAAAUUUCUAUCAGGAUUGCUCAAGUAUCUUUGACUAUACUGCUUUGUUUUUGUCUUUUACUUUGCCAUAUCUGUGUUAAUCAGUUUCACCUGUGCAGCUCACCCAUCCACCUAUUUGAGAUGAGACACUUUUCAGUUUGGUGGUCAGGAUCCUAAAUCUGUCCCUUCCAGUCAUCUUUUAAUGUCACCUUUGGCAUAUUUAAUACAUUUGUCUGUGUCAAAACUUCUUAACUGAAUUGUAAAUUCUUGCUUGACUCAGUUCUCAAAUCCCCCCACAAUUUUCAGCUGUUAUGUUUAAAUUAAGAUCUAACACUUUUUGCAAGGCUAAUAUAAAUUGGUAAAUUUGUGAGUCAAUUUGUUUAGUAAUUUUGAAUCAAGAAAUCUUCCCUAGCAGAUCUAAAAUUUCAAGCUUCCCUCUUGAAUCAAUGCUGUCUUGAUUAUUCUUGACAUGGGAGUAGAAAAGUAGACCUGGACAGACAACACUAUAAACAAGCAGAAUAACCUUAUACAGUAUACCCAACAUACUUUUAUGUUUAAUUUCAAAGCCCAGCUCAGUCCACUUUGUUUUCUUAUCUUCAUGUGUUGCAAUGCAUUGAUAAUGAGAUCGGUCGAGGCAGGCAUCUGUGAGAUGGGACACCCUGCAUGACUCUCAGGAGGUUUUUGUUAGUCACACACACACAUUUCCAUGUUGCAGCCGGGAGGGCGUUGGUCCUGCAUCAUGGUCAAGCUUUGCACAUAGUACAGACCCUCAGUUUCUGUGGUCCCCGGUUGUUGAACAGCCUGCCGGAGAGCCUCAGGGCCGCAGAGACUGUUGAUGUUUUAAAACAGGCUUAAGACUCACCUUUUUAACCAGGCUUUUCACUGAUUGUCUUUUCAUAUUUCUCUUAAUGCAAAUGUUCAUUUUAAUCAAAGUUCUGAAUGUUCCUUUUAUGUAAUCUUUUGAAUUAUCUCUGUUCGUAAUCCUUUUCUUAACUCCCCCCUCAGAGGUUUUUACUUCUUUUACCCCUUUUAUACGGUAAAAAGCCUUUACUAAUUUAUUUGUUCAUUUUAUGUUAUUUUCUUGUUUUAGUCCAUCAGGUUUUAGUCUUUCUUUUUACCAUUUUUAAUUUUUUAUCUUUUACCUCCAGUGUUUCCAUAAGGUAGCUCUUUCGUCAUGCAAUGUCUCGGUGUCAGGCCAUAUCUCUUGAACAAUAUGUCUUAUAUUCUCACUCUGUGUGCGCUGGGGUAAGUGAGGGUGGGUGUGUGGGUGGGAGGGUUGGGUUUUAUUGUUGUUUUUAGCCUCUGUUAGGCACUUUGAACUACAUUUUUUUGCCCAAGAAGUGCCAUAAAAAUAAAGUUGAAUUUGAAUGAUUUGGCUUUUUAGUGUGCGUAUAUAAAUAUACGUUUUUGUGCAGUUGUAGAUUUUUUUGAAAGUCAGUAUCCAAAUCAGUACUGCCUGAAUCUGUACUCCAUUGCUCUUUAGAGAACUGCGUUGAUCCUGACCAGCAUCAUCGGUUUCCAAGGCAACAACCCCAAACUGACUGGCUCGGUAUUGGCCCCCAGCAUCCAGAGCUCGGAACAACAGAGACCCCCUCACCUGAUGCUUCAACCCACCACUUCUGCCAUUACACACCUAAAUGUUUCCUCACUGUUCACAGAGGUAUCUUUUAAAGCACACCUCAAACAUAAUUUGAAAACCCUGCACCUCAUGAGUGAUAUAGUCUUGUGUUGCCUUUGCCACGUGAAAGAGUUUCCUCCUCACGUUUUUAAUUUGCACAGGAGGAGGACACGGCACCUCUGCUCGGUCUACUCCAUCCAGAGGUGUCAGGUCUACCCCGUCACGUUAUGGAGAAGAGGGCUGGCAUGAAGCCACCUCCAAGACAACGAUCAGAGCUGAGAAUGAAGUGGAGGCUCACAGAGAGGCCAACAACUACAAGGUAUCAUUAUGACUUCUACCGAAAAUCUCAGCUACAUUUGGUCUGCAUUGAAUAUUCUGCAGGCUAAGAAAAUUCUGAGUUUUAUUUUGUGAGAGGAUAAAAUUGAUUUAGACAAGGACUUUUCAGAUGAGCAUGUUUUGAAAGAAGCAGGUGGUUUUAAUCCAGCAAAACAUUCAUGCACUUGGGAAGAAGAAAAAUCGGGGGCAUAAGAUUGUUACUUGCAAUUGGUUUUUACUUGUGUUUCUUGUGUAACAAGACUAUUGCUGGUCCAGUUUUGGAAACUCUUUGGCUGUCAAAAGCCACAUUCUGUCACUAAUCAUAGACAGGAGAAUGUGAGUGUCUGUCUUUUACUCACCCUAUUCUUGUCUUCAAAUGAUGCUACAGACAUCAAGUCCCCCCUACAUUAACCCACAACAGCUUCCUUUACAGUAGUGAAAGAUCAUGUUAAAGCUCUGACUGUAUGUCCAUGUAACAUAUGUUCAACCAUCUUUCCUCAGUUUGGUUUCAGAAAGUGGAAGGGAAAUGUAACCGAAAAACCCAUUGAGGACCAAUCAGAGAUCAUCAAAGAACUCCACUCUGAUCUAAGCAUCGUGAAACCUCAAGAAGGUACUUCCUCUCUCCUUUCAUUAGACAUAAGUUCUGUUCUGCCUGAUUGAGAUCCAUAUACUGAUGGGAAUGCAAUGUUCUGUGGUUAUUUUUUUCUCUUUCAGGCUCCGUUGUCUCCUUUGGGAACAUAGUUUAUGUAUUUUUAUUUGGAUGGUGGAUUUCUUUAAUCUACCUCCUGCUCUGUCCAGUGAUGUUUCUAACAAUCUUAGGUGCACCUUACGGUAUGUAUGAUAUGGAAUAAAUGCAUCGCUCUGAAUAUGCAGUUUUAAAACGUGGAAAAUCAUGCAACUCUUUUGUUUUUUCUAGGCAAACUUUGUUUAAGGAUGGCUUUGUACUUUAUGUGGCCAUUUGGGAAGUCUAUAGAAAAGGUAAUAUGAUAAGCUGGAUCUGUUCUUCCUACAGUUUUGAUAUUGAAAGCCUCAGUGAGAAAAUUCAGUUAUUUAUGAAACAGACUAAAAUUAAUGCUGCACCACUACAUGAGCAUCAAAAGCUAAACAGGCCAUCAGAAAAAAGGGACUAUUUUUCAUAAACCAGCAAGGUUGGUUUCCAAUAAAGGACACAACAUGCCUCUGUUGCUUCACCCUUGAAAAGUGAACAUAAGGGUGUUCAAUUUAGAAUGUGUACAUCGCUAAUUUUUCCAGUUUCUACAUAUUGCACCUUUUUAAAUUUUACCUUUUAGUUCACAGAGGGGACCAAAAUCUAAAUAAAAUAAAACUGGGUUAGUGGUUUUAGACUUAUCUUCAAGACUCAUAUUUUACAAUAUCCAGUUUUCAUCUUCUCCUUUUUUUCUUUUAGCCUGGUGAUGUAGUUCGGAGAUCCAUUAUCAAGCCUCCAAAGUGUGAGGUCAUUCCUGAAGAGAGGGACAGUGAGGACAGUAAAGAUGCUGCACCUCUUCUGGUUUCUUCUCCAAUCCCUAUUGAAGUCCCUGUCCCAGAGCCGCCUGCUAAAAAACCUUCAAGACACUGGGUAGGAAAUAAUCCAAGUGAAUCACUCAGUGUAAUGAAGGUUUUUGCGAAGUUAAUGUUUAAAAUUGUUUAUCCGACGCUCCUGUUUAGUGUCGUGUCAGUACUUAUGUCUGGUUGCUGCUGGGUUACCCGCUGGUGUUCGUGUUCCACUGUCUGACCUGUUUGCUCUCCUGGCUGCUGGUUUUCACCAUACCUGUGGCUAAGAUGAACGCUCGCACGCUGAGCACAGUCCUCCUCAUGGCACCAGAGGAUGUUCAGAUACAUAAAGUGGAAAAGGUACCAGACAUGUCAUUUAAACAGACUAGUUCAAUGUAUUGUGAACCGUUUUAAUAUUAUGAGAUUGUACGGAGUAAAAAGAGUGCAACUAGAAAGACAUGGUGCUGUAAACUCUUCAAAUGAAAACUUCCAUGAAUAACAUUUACCGGAAAGCCAAAACUGCACUGACAAAUUCCUCAAAACUAAGAGAAACAAACUUGAUUUCAAACUUGUUUGUCUUUCUUUUGCAGGCGCAUGGGCACGAGACCAAAGUCACCUUGUGCUGUUACCAAGCAUUCAACGUGUAUUACUACAAAUACACAGUCCAAGGAAUCAACAUUUUUGCUCUCAGUAUCCUUUUUUUAAGCUGUCGUUUUAAGUUUGAGAAAAAGAUUUCAGGAAGAGAGAAAAUGUCAUUUACCGUAUUUUUCGCACAAUAAGGCGCGCUCAAAAUCCUUUUGGCUUGUCGGAGCACUGCAGCUACCAUAGCCUCGCAGAGUUAUUGAAUGAGUUAAAUAAGGUUUGACUUAUCUGACUGUUUUGUUUGGCUUAAUGCGCUUUAUAAUCCGGUGUGCCUUAUAAUCUGGUACGCCUUAUGUAUGAAAAUAGAUGCGUUCAUCGAUGUGUGCCUUAUAAUCAGGUGCAGGUAUAUUGCAAAAAACCUGGUAAUUUGGUGAGUUUCAAACAUUAAAGCCUCAGGACCCAUUAGUCAAGUUUCUGCAGUUUAGUGCUGUGUAGUAGAAAUCAUGUCCUCCAAGAUAAGGCUGAGCCCAGAUUUUUGCUACAUUUAUUUUUAACCCAUGACCCACUGAAAAUAACAUUAUGGCAAAUUUAUUAAUGCUUUACAUCUUAAUUCUGUGACAAAGUUUUUGCUCUGAAAAUUCACUUCAAGCUAAGACCUGAAGCACUGGUCUAUCUAUUUACUCUCCUUAAGUCCAUGCUCCCUUCAGACCUGCUCCCCCUGGUCUUCGUCACUUUGAUUAUUGGCUACACUGACCAUGAGCACAACUACUUCAGUGCAGAGACCAAGUUUGCCACCGCUAUCACCUCCAUCAUUCCUCUGUCCUACUAUAUCGGCAUGGGUAUAGCCAGGUUGGGUUUUUUUUUUUAUUCUUUUUAUUUUCCCCCUGACUUGUAAAUUGCUGUGAAGGAAAGGAGAAACAAUGGCUUGUUAAUUUGUAUUUUCAUAGCAUUUCUGCGCAGAGUAACUUCGCAGUGGGAGCGGUGGUGAAUGCAACGUUUGGCUCCAUCACAGAGAUGACAUUCUACAUCACAGCUUUACUGCAGGGCGUCCGUGCCGGCACUAAAUGUUAUGAGGAGAUUGUGAAAGCAGCCCUCACUGGGACACUGCUGGGGUGCAUACUGUUCAUACCUGUGAGUGCCUUUUAAUGAUAUAUGUGCACAUUAGCAUCCUUGUUUUAACUGUGCUAUCUUUUUUUCCCUCACUGACCUCAUGCUGAGUGUCUGUGCUCUCCACAGGGUAUCUGUAUGAUUAUCGGGGGCAUCAAACACAGGGAGCAGAGAUUUAAUAGUCGAUCAGCAGGAGUGAGCUCUGCUUUACUAUUCAUAUCCAUAGGAGGUGGGUGCAAUUACCUCAUUUCAAGCAAUAUGUCCUUUUUUUAUAAAAACCAAGGUAAAAAAAAAAAGUCCAGCUGGAUCCUCAUGCUGUGAUUUUGCCUCUAGGUGUGUUUGCUCCCACUCUCUUCUCCAAGAUCUUUGGUAAUCUUGUGUGUGAAAGCUGCACCAAUAUUCCAGGCAAUGGCAGUGUGCCCUUCGUCUGCAAGGACUGUCACUACGACACGGUGAGCUAAAUCACCCAAACCAAUAUUAUUAAAUGCUUAUACCGAUGCAAGUAAGGGGAUAACUAUUAUGUCUUUAUCAUGCAUUUUAAAUACUCCAUAGGAAUCUUUGUUGAUGGAUAUAACUUCAAGUUUCUGCGGAAAAGUUCAUGCUCAAGCACUCUAAAGCUGCAUUAUUCCCAGUGGCCAGCAGGGAGCACACUACUGGUCACAAAAAGAUGCUUUUAGUAUGAAUUUGGAUGUCAAAGUGACCCCAUAUCUGGCUUGAUUUAUUACCCCAUAAACAUUUGUCAUGAAGCCAGGGCUACUACACAGUUGGAAUUUUCAUACUUUUCCGUACCAAACUUUUUAGAAUUAUUUUUGGAAAUACCUACUUUUCCAUUUUAGAAAAUAGUAUUUUUUUACUGCGGUAAUAGUCUGGAAACAAAUACUUUUACAUACUUUAUUUUUCAUUAACCAUACUUUUUAAGACCUGGAAAUUGACCAAAUUACUUCCAUACCUGUCCAUAAUUUCCAUACUUGCGUAGGAACCCUGCAAAGUUGUGAUCUCUAAAGUUUUGAUUCAAUCCACAUUUAUCUCUAAAACUAAAAGUACAGCCAGGUAUACCUUAGGACAGUGCCAGUCAUCCUUGUCGUUCAAAUAUGGUAAUGUCUUUAUCCAAAAAAAUGAUGGUGGAAUUUGCUAAAAGAUGACAUUGCAAAGAUAAAUCUGCUUGUUUUUAUACAGUCUGAUGAUUUAUUUUUUGUCUUAACAGACUCAAACUGACCCACGCUUGGUUCUGUCUCAAAUUGAGUGAGUAAAACAUGUCGGUUUUAACAGCUUAAGAAAAAAAAUCCUCCUGCUUUUAAAGAUAAUUAUCAUUCAAAUGUUCUUUUCAAGGCCCUUGGUAUACACUAUUUCUGUGCUCUUGCCUGCUGCGUACCUGAUCGGCCUCAUCUUCACCCUGAAGACUCACUCGCACAUCUAUGACAUCCACAUCAGCGAUGGCCAAGGGGGCCAUGCACACGGUCAGUACUCACAAGAGGGCACCAGCACCCUCCCCUCAACCGGUGAGGUCACCGCUGGCCGUCUCCUGGCAGCCUACAACUCGUGUAUUAAUGCCAGCAUUGUUACCACCAGCCAGGCGGUUGCGACAGGUGUGUGGGUGGUGUGGUGUGCAUGUAGUCUUUUUCUCUUAACUUUUUGGUCAAGGAAAUUCAUUUUGAAGAGGCCUUCCUGCUUUAUUAACUGGUUUGCAUGUCUGGAAAGCUUUCCCCGUGCAGUGCAUGUCAUGCUCUUCAGCAUGUGAGGAUGAAGAACACAAAUAUGAGAGGAAGGUCAGACAUUUUGGAUGUAUAAGACACGGGAAAGGAGAGGUAGGUCUUACAUUUAAAACUUUCAUUGGCUUACAGUAUAUGUGUCAUCUGCAGGUCAUCAUGUGGUCCACUGGUCUCGGUGGAGGGCUCUUGCUGUGCUGAUUGUCGCCACAUUGUUGAUGGCUGCUUGUGCCGACCUCAGCACGGAGAACAUUGAGCCCAUGCUGACCCACUCCUCUAUCUCUCAGGUACUCAGAAAGCUGUUUUUUACAUAGAAGAUGGGAAAGUGUCUUUGAUUGGAAGUUUAUCUGGGUUUUAAGACCAUCAAAGUGUUGAUGAAGAUUCAAUUCUCAAUCUAUAAUACCUCUGGAUUAACUCAAUCCAAUUUACUUUAUGCCAUCAUUUACGCUGCCCUGUCUCUUGCAGUACUUCAUCGGGGUCACAGUGUUGGCCAUGGUGCCAGAGCUUCCUGAGAUUGUCAAUGGGAUCCAGUUUGCACUGCAGAACAACAUCAGCUUAAGGUAUGAGUACAAUACACUGUUGAGUAUAACUUUUAUUCACCACCUGUUGAAUUUAAAUUUACAACCAUUAUGUGAUGAUUUUUGCAUAACUUGAUCUGCAUUAGACUUUAUUAUCUAUUUUUAUUCCACGUUCAUCCAUCGUAAAGAAGAGUUUCACAAACGCUUGUAUAAUGUUUGUUUUCAACAGCCUUGAAGUGGGGAGUUGCAUUGCUGUGCAGGUCUGCAUGAUCCAGAUUCCACUGCUCAUACUCUUCAAUGCUUUCUAUGUGAGUGAACCGCUUUUGCCAUCAACAAACAUUCCUUACUUUCAAUACACUUUCAAUAUGACUUGACUUUUUCUUUUUACUCCCAGGAUGUGGGAUUCUUGCUUGUGUUCAGUGACGUUCAUCUCUGGGCGAGCAUCUUCAGUGUCAUCCUGGUCAACUACAUCUUCAUGGAUGGGAAAUGUGACUACUUUCAGGGUAAGCUUCAAAGACAGACACUGAAAAGAAGUUGAAAAAUGGAAAUGACACAUUGGAUUAUGUCUGUCUAGUUAAAAAUGUAGCUUAUUGUGUACCAUUUUGCUUGAAGGCACAGCUCUCGUGGUGGUCUACUUCAUCCUGUUGGCGCUGUACUUCUUCGCUCCUUCUCCUCGCUCUUGUUGAUCUGCUGGUCAAGAACAUUUUUCAAUGUUCAGAAUAAAAUGCCACCGUAAAAAAUAUAUGUGAAGGCUCAGUGGCACAGAAAAUGCAGAAAAAAUAAUAAACUGAGGUUUGAAAAUAGAUAGUGGAGCCUGAAUUGA